AUGUUUCCAUUUUUAUCCCUUUUAUUCAUCCUAGCUCACUCGUUUCUUUUGCACAUUUCAUUCUCUUUGGCAUUCCGUCAGAGGAGCUUCUGUUUCACUGGAAGUUUGAAGAAUCACAUUCACAGCAAUGCUUUACGCAGUGAGCCGACGGACAGUCGCAGUCAACUCGCUAGACUCGCAAACGACAUCAAUCCAAAGAUCGACUGUUCCAGGAAUAAGCCGCCGGCGAUUUACCAUUACGAAGAUCUGCUAAGCGACUACAGAAUAGACAAGUUCAAGCCUCUGAAGGACGUCACUCACUUUACAUCGCUCCCGUACGUUGAGAUUGAGCACCAAGACAAGGGCAAGUUGAUCAGAUUUAGAGAUGGAAGGGACAUUGUGGCGUUUUACGCCAACAAGUUGAAUGCACUGCUAUCCAACUUUACAGAGUGGUCCAAGGCGUUUUCGGAGGACAAGAUCAAGCCUCUGGACAAUUACAAUCCCCUGGCAAGUGACACUUACUACGCAGUUGUUUACUACUGCGCAUGGCAGAGCGAGUCCAUUGCACUCGUCAGAGCGAUAAGGCAACUGCUAGGAAGAUGGAGAUGGAUCAGGGAUCCUCCAAUCAGGCGUAACGAGCCUGAACCGACCUUGGAUGAGAUUCUGGAAAAGGUGGAAAAGAUGAAAAAGAUGCAUGAGGAGCAUGAAUUGGCGUUCAGGACCGCGAGAGAACAAGGCCUUCCGGAUCCGCCGGAACCCAUUUUUUCACCGGCUGAGCAGGUGACCUUUAACAUGCGCAUACCGAAUUUGAACAUCACCAAGAGGAUCCUGGAGCACGCAUCCAACGCCUACAAGUCAAAGUGGUGGAUGCCAAAGUUUGCAAAGAUUGCCUACAAUCGUCUGUUUGACAAGGGGUUUUCUGAGCUCUAUAACACGAGUUUAAAGAGGGUCCUCACUGCGGAUGACAGGAUGAAGUACAAGCUCCGGGAAUGCGACGCCUCUACCGGUGACCCAGCGACUAGACCUGGUUCCAAGAAGGCGAAACCAAAGCCGAUAAACAUAAAUUUCAUCAUGGUCCGCUUGGCGAAUUCGCUCAUGUUGGCGAAUUCACGCAGGGGUCUCAUGAAGCAAAAGAAGAUGGUCCUCGCGCACGAAAAGGAGGUCCGAUUUAAUGAGAUUAUCCUGGAUAUUUUAAUCAAACAGGAGGCGUACUAUAAGAGUAUGCCUUUGGUGCAACUUUUCAAGUGUGCGAAUCCCAUCCAGAACAUUCCGUCUGUUGUUCCGGCAAAGACACAUGAGAAGAUGCCGUUUGACGAACCGACGUUUUACAGACACAACCCAUUUGAUAUCGCAGAAAAGCUCACAUAUGGCCUCCCACCCCUUCGGAAAUUCACUCACUUGGCCAUCGCAGACGAUUUUGAACAUGUAGGCAAUAUCAUGGACUUGGCUACACUGGACGUUGCCAAGUCCGUAGACGACGUAUUCACGCCAGUUGUAGAUUUACCAAAUACAAACUUUAUUCAAAGGUAUAAAGGGAUCAAAAGGGACGGCCGAAUUUGUGCAGGACUUGACCCUGUGCUUUACGCGCUCUCCAUGAUGUACAGGUUCCAUCUCAAGAAGAUUAUCGAUGCAAGACCCGUACCUGCAGAAUAUUAUUACAUGAACCCAUAA